AUAUCUCCUCAACUGGCUAAUUCUCAGGAAAUUCUGGAAGAAACUAGAAAUAAAGGGGUGGUGCUCGCCCUAUAUGAAGCUUUGAGCUCACGUGACGUUGACAAGGUCCAGAAACUUCUGGCCUCUGACCUUGAGUGGUGGUUCCAUGGUCCACCUUCACAUCAAUUUUUGAUGCGCAUACUAACUGGUACUGCCAACUCCGAUCACUAUUUCUUCAAAUUCAUUCCUCAAAGUGUUGACGCCUUUGGAUCUACUGUCCUUGUCGAAGGUUGCGAUCCUGAUCACUCAAUUACUUGGGUUCACGCUUGGACUGUUGAUGAUGGGAUAAUUACUCAGGUUAGGGAGUAUUUCAAUACCUCUCUCACAGUCACUCGACUUGACAAUAGUAAUAAUAAUAAUAAUUGCCCUUCAUCGGAUUUGUCUUCCAUUGCUGCUACACGGCAUUGCCCUUCUCUUUGGGAGAGUAGUUUACCUAAUCGGGUGGGUAAGUCGGUUCCGGGUCUUGUUCUCGCUCUCUGAGUUCCGCCAGGAUGUAAGUUUUUAACGGUUGAUUUGGGGGUUUUCGUCGCAUUGUUUUGAUUUUAUUAUCUGCAAUUUUAAUUUGGGACCAUGAGGAAUGGGAUAUCCUUGUACUGGUUAUGGUGUUUUAAUAUAUUAUGUGAUACGCGAUGUAUUUGGUUUGCAAUAAAAGCACUUGUUGGUUUUUUUGAAA